AUGAUGUGGGGAAACUGGACAAUUGUCAGUGAGUUUGUCCUUGUGAGUUUUUCAACCUUAUCCUCUGAGCUACAAGCUCUCCUAUUUCUCCUUUUUUUGACUGUUUACCUGGUUACUCUAAUGGGCAAUAUUCUCAUCAUCCUGGUCACUACAGCUGACUCUGCUCUACAAAAUCCUAUGUACUUCUUCCUCAGGAACUUGUCCUUCCUGGAGAUAGGCUUCAACUUGGUCAUUGUGCCCAAGAUGCUGGGGACUCUGAUCAUCCAAGACACAACCAUAUCUUUCCUUGGCUGUGCCUCUCAGAUGUAUUUCUUUUUCUUCUUUGGGGCUGCUGAGUGUUGCCUCCUGGCCACAAUGGCAUAUGACCGCUAUGUGGCCAUCUGUGACCCUUUGCGCUACCCAAUCAUUAUGAGCCGCAAGGCCUGUGCCCAGCUAGCAGCUGCCUCUUGGUUCUCAGGGUUUCCAGUGGCCACCGUGCAAACCACAUGGAUUUUCAGCUUCCCUUUUUGUGGCCCCAACAGAGUGAACCACUUCUUUUGUGACAGCCCCCCUGUCAUUGCACUGGUCUGUGCUGAUACCUCUCUGUUUGAACUGGAGGCUCUGACAGCCACUGUCUUAUUCAUCCUCUUUCCUUUCUUGCUGAUCCUGGGAUCCUAUGUCCGCAUUCUUUCCACUAUCUUCAGGAUGCCCUCAGCUGAGGGGAAACGCAAGGCCUUCUCCACCUGUUCCUCCCACCUUCUGGUUGUGUCCCUCUUCUACAGCACUGCCAUCCUCACAUACUUCCGACCCCGGUCCAGCACCUCUCCUGAGAGCAAGAAGCUGUUGUCGCUCUCCUACACAGUAGUGACUCCCCUGUUGAACCCCAUCAUCUACAGCCUAAGGAACAGUGAAGUGAAGUCUGCACUGAGGCGAGUCAUCCUCAGGACCCUGGGCCCUCAGAAACUAUGA